AUCAGAAAAAAUAUAUGCCUUAAACUUUGAUUAUUUUAGUUAUAAGAUGACAUAACUGCUUUGUGUAGAAUUGCUGGCUCGGUACAGUAGAACAGAUAAGGGCAAGUGUUUGUUCUUUGUAACUCUUCUGCAAAUGCUUCGCUCACCGCGGCCUUGAAGGUAGAAAAAAAAAAAGGUAUGUACAAAGUAGAUUUCCAGGUGCAAGAAGGAGGUUUGUGAACUAACCCCACCUCCCCCAUAAUUCCCAUCCUGAUAACAGCAAAGAAAUAAUGAAGUAAUAUUAUAGCCGCUUUUCAUGCUAAUUUCACUAUAUGAUCACGUGAGUUGUAAGUGACUGUUAAAAAGUAUAUAAGCCUCCUGAUUUUGCUCUUGGGGGGGGGGACCCCUUCCAAGUGCUUGGGAAAUCCAUGUCACUUUGGAACUCCCCCUACAGCUGUAGUUUCUUUUGAAUAAAAGCUUCUGCUGACCUGACCCAAAAGUACUCUGUGUGUGUUUCCACGACAAUUCCUGGUGCUGUGACUCGGAUCCAGAACACAGGCUGAGGAAGGAGGACCGCAGGCUACCCCCCCCCCCCCCCGAACCCUGAGGCGCCAAACUUGAGAGGUCCAAGAAGCCUUACCUCAACCACCGGAUGUUCCCUGUCACAACCUCGAACCAGGGGAUUGGAUCUACGUAAAGGUCUAUCAACGGAAAAACGCACUUCAACCCAGAUGGAAAGGACCUUUCCAGGUACUUCUAACCACUAAUUCUGCUGUUCGUUGCCAAGGUCACCAAACGUGGACUCACGCCUCGCACUGCAAGAAGGUAUCACCUCCAUUGGACCCCGAAGCAGCUGUAUUCCAACCAAGGUUGGGAUCUUUCCCUGAGGCCAAGGACAAAGACCCUCAGGACCUCACUCAGGCAAGUGAGGAGCAUCAGGGUGCAAGUGCUAGUAACCUCUCCCCGGCACCCAACACCUCAGCCCAGCCGGAUUCAUCAGUUGAAGAACGAAGAUAUCAUCUUCGGCCUCGAAGAAAGUGAAUGCUCCCAUUCGGAAGAUCACCACCUCGAUCAAGACCAAGAGCCGACAUUAUCAGUCCUUUAGGUAACUUGAGCCCAGAGGACGAAGAAAGACUUUGGCUGCCAUCCUGGGUUUGGCUGGUAGUGUUCUUUUUCUUACUGGUGCUGGUUAUGUUUGUUGUUAAGAUUCUUUGUCCCUCCUGUAUCUAAAAAUGGCACUGAAAUCCUUAUAUAUCACACUUGGGUAUCUCAGUAUCACCCAAGGGGGGUGGGAGAAAAAUUUGUAUUUGCAGAUCUCCCAUGCGGUGGCUCAAGCUGGAAAUAAAAGUGACUGCUGGAUAUGCUCUCACAGCCCAGCACACUUACACCAAGGAAUCCCAAUGAUCGGAGUACCAAUAUCCCUCCAGCAAUGGGGAACAAUAAACGGCGGCUUCAUUAGACACUACUUGUUAGCUGCCCAUCGGUCCGCUCCUAAAGAAUGGAGGGCCGCCCCUACUAACUGGAUAAUCUCCCCAAGAGUAGAGGCGCCUUUCUGUUACAGAUCCAACAACACCGGAGCUUAUAAUAAAGCCACACCUGUAGGACACUACCCUCAUUGCCUAACUACUCUAGAUUAUAGCCCUAGUAGCACCAGUGGAAUCCUGUUGGGUAACGUACCCUCUCUCAAUUGUACAGGAUUCAUGGUCUACAACUUUUCUAAGGAACCUCAUGUUGCUCUCAUUGCAAACAGAUUGGAAUUUUACAUUCACUCCAAUUUUACUUCUUGUAAUAUAUCUCGGUCCGGCAGGAUAGCAGCUGAACGUGGACCGUCCUAUACAAUGCAUAUCAAUCGAAAGUGCCGGAUAGGGCACAACAACUGUCGAGAUUUGAGUACCCUUUCUGCCCCAGGCCUUUACUGGCUCUGCGGAAACAGGGCUCAUAAAAUCUUGCCCUGGAAUUGGGUGGGGGCAUGCACUCUUGGACGUGUUAUCCCUGGUUUCGAAAUGCAUAGUGCAAUAUAUCUGGAACAAGUAAAAAAUUUCAACCAUCACAUGAAAAGGGCGGUUAACCCCUUAGCUACCAGAAACACAGGGUUCCAUCGAUUUGUGAGAACCUUCAUACCGUGGCUUGGAAUAAGAGAAUUGGAACUAGCCAUAAUUAACAUUUCAGCCACAAUGGAAGCUAUGGGAAAUGCCACUGCGGAUGCAAUUCAGGCUCUGCAAAAAGAGAUCUCCCAGAUCUCACAAGUAACUAUACAACACCGCAUAGCCCUAGAUUACCUAUUGGUAUCCCAGGGAGGAGUAUGUGCCUUAGUAAACUCCACCUGUUGUGUCUAUGUCAAUCAGGACAUGCGAAUCGAAACUGACAUUCGCAAAAUCCGAAAUCAGUUAAGGGUCCUACAUCAAGUGGCCUCACAAAAUACUGACUGAGGUCUAGAAGAAAUGUGGUCUUGGCUAACCUCCUGGCUCCCAGAUUUCGGGGCCCUUGGCAAGAAAAUCCUGUAUGGAAUAUUGUUUGUCUUGAUAGUUCUGAUAAUGUUCUAUGUCUUAAUGCAACUGAUCCUCUGCU